AUGGCCGCCUCUCUUGGCUUCGGCGGCAGUAACGUCGCCGACAAGGCCAAUGCUACCACGAGUUCAAGCAUGGCGCAACCUUCUUACCAAGGCCCUGCCCAAAUGCUCGAUGAGCACCUCCUGACCCCAGCUUCCAUAAGUUCCCUCGAGGUCCAUGGCGCCACCAACACCAGGAGAAGCUUGCUUGACCACAUCCUCAAGGCCGUGGUGGAAGAAAACGCUCAUGCCGGAACCACCCUGGGCCAGGUCCUCGACCGUGUCGGCGUAGCCACUAAAAAGAUGGCCCGUUUCGACAUUUUCAAGGAGGAAGGAUUCCGUGUGUUUCUGUCUGAGGCUCCGCGUCCCGAGUCAAACCCCCUCACCGACCGAACCGACCUCGACAUCUCGAUCCGUGUGAAGGAGAAGCCGCGCUGGGCUUUUAGCGCCGGCACCGACUUUGGCAACGCCGAAGGCUCCGCCUACACCAACGCCGUAGCACGCAACAUCUUUGGCGGCGCGGAGACCCUCUCCGUCAACGCGAGUACCGGCACCCGGACUCGCUCAGCCUACAACGCCACUUUCUCCACGCCAGUAAAUGGCAACCCCGACCUCCGGCUGUCGGUGGAAGCUCUUCGCUCGGCUACCCAAAAACCGUGGGCGUCGCACGAAGAGCAGCUGACGGGCGGGAAUUUGCGGCUCGCCUGGCUGACCGACAACAGCGACAGCCACGCCCUGUCGUACUCGAGCGUGUGGCGCCAACUCACCGGCCUGGCCGCCACCGCAUCACCCACGGUCCGCGCCGACACAGGCGACUCCCUCAAGAGCUCCGUCACACACACAUUCACCCGCGACCGCCGCGACAAUCCGAUGCUGCCGCAAUCAGGCUACCUCCUCCGCACCAUCUCCGAGCUCGCCGGCUGGGGCCCCUUGAACGGCGACGUCGCCUUCGCCAAGACGGAACUCGAGGCCUCAGGCGCGCUGUCCCUAUCCCUUCCCGGCCUAACAUCCUCCUCCUCCAAGCAGCCGGGCAUCUCCAUCGGCGGCGGCCUCCGCCUGGGUCUCCUAUACCCGCUCCCCAUCGGCAGCUACUCCCCCCUCUCGGGAUGCGCCCAACCAAGCCGCAUCAGCGACCGCUUCCAGCUCGGCGGGCCUACCGACGUGAGAGGGUUCAAGCUCGGCGGGCUGGGCCCGCACGACGGUGUAGAUUCCGUGGGCGGCGACGUCUAUGCCGCUGGUGGCGUCAAUGCGCUGAUCCCGCUGCCGCGCACAGGGCCCGACUCUCCGCUGAGGCUGCAGCUGUUUGCUAACGCGGGCCGGUUGGUGGCGCUCAACGCCAAACACAGUGAAGAGAAGGCGAGGGAAGGCCUGGCCAUGGACUCGGCAACUGUCUUCAGGGGCGUCAAGUCGGCUGUGGGGGAGCUCGCGAAUGGGCUGCCCAGUCUGGCUGCGGGGUUCGGGCUGGUGUAUGCUCAUCCCGUAGCCCGGUUUGAGCUCAAUUUCAGCUUGCCACUUGUCUUGCGGAGGGGUGAGGAAGGGCGGAAGGGAUUGCAGGUUGGUGUGGGCAUCAACUUCCUUUAG